CAAAAGAAGCGUUAUCCUAAUGUACUAGCUAUAAAUUUUCAAUAUCGGUCAGUCCUUGACAGUGACGGUCUUUAAUAAAUUCUUUUUCGGAAAGUUGCAUACCAACGCACGUACGCAAUUCCUCAUGCUAAAAGCAUCGCGAUCAUCUACAUUCAUCAUGCGCCAGUCCGUUGCUCUUCUGUUUAUAUUGGUCGGCUCCGCAUGCGCCGAGUCCGUGCUGACCUACUUCUUGCCUGGCGUUGGCGAAGGCGAUGAGUCAUUCAUCCUCGACCCUGUGGCUUCCAUAAAGACUUCAAGCCCCUCGACCACCGUUUUCGCGCUCGGUUGCCCAUCCUCGGUCCCCUCGCACACUACCUGCGACUGGUCGUCCUACGCUAUCGACUACACCAUCAUCUCUUCAACACACUACGAAAUUCACGUGACUGAAGAUGUUGGACAAGUGUCUGCGGGUUAUAUGUGCGAUUAUAGUUCGCUGAAAAUGACGUGUACAGUCAGUCAAUCUGGCGGGAAUGAUGCUUUGAUGGAGCCGUUAACAGUCGUCCUUCCGGAUGAGGAAAAUGGCCUGCAGUUGACCUUUGCAACGGCGACAGUUGUUGAAGAGGGAGUUUUCUCGAGCGGAGGGGUGAGCGCAAGUACUAGGGCUGCGGCGAGUACCACGGCUGCAAGCACGGGGUUGAAGACAGCUAGUGGGUCGGCGCCUUCUCCGACAAGUCUGCAUUCUGGAUCUGGAGUGUCGGCGACGGGUGCGAACACAGCUAUAGCAAGUGGUUCUGCUUCUGUAGCUGUGAGUACUGGUGCUGCGGCGAACUUUGGCCUCGAGGGUUCUGCGAUUGUUGCAUUGGCUGGGGCUGCUGCUUUGAAUUUCUGGUGAUGCAACAUAUGUAGCUGCCUAAGAACUUUGAAAAGAUUCCAGAUUUGGUACAGUCAACUUGGAAUACAUGUUGAUCUAGAUGUAAUAGUUAUAAAAUUAAUCUAUUUUUUAC